GGGCGGUUGGGGGGGCAAGCAGGGUGCCGAUAGCUGCUGGGGUCCCCGGGAGAAGGAGCAACUGAGGGGGGUGCCACCUCUAUUAACCCUACAGCACUGCCACCGAGCGCGUUGGCCCCAGCACCUGCCCCUGCGCAGUCCCGGCAGCUCCCCCGAAAGGCCGUUCUGCUCCGCGAGGGAAACAGAGCCGUUGACCAUGGUUGCAACUGGCAGUUUGAGCAGUAAGAACUCGGCCAACAUUUCCGAGUUGUUGGACCGUGGCUUCCACCCGGGGAGCCUGCUAAGUGAUUUCGACUACUGGGAUUAUGUUGUUCCUGAACCCAACCUCAAUGAGGUGAUAUUUGAGGAGACAACUUGCCAGAGUUUGGUUAAAAUGCUGGAAAACUGUCUGUCCAAAUCAAAGCAAACCAAACUCGGUUGCUCAAAGGUUCUUGUCCCUGAGAAACUGACACAGAGGAUUGCUCAAGAUGUCCUGCGGCUAUCCUCCACGGAACCUUGUGGCCUGCGAGGUUGUGUUAUGCACGUGAACUUGGAAAUUGAAAAUGUAUGUAAAAAGCUGGAUAGGAUUGUGUGUGAUUCUAGCGUUGUGCCUACUUUUGAGCUUACGCUGGUGUUUAAGCAGGACAACUGCUCCUGGACUAGCUUCAGGGACUUUUUCUUUAGUAGAGCUCGCUUUUCAUCUGGCUUCAGGAGAACUCUGAUACUCAGCUCAGGAUUUCGGCUUGUUAAGAAAAAGCUUUACUCAUUGAUUGGAACAACAGUCAUUGAAGAGAGCUAAAAAGAAAAAAUUAAAAAAAAAAAAAAGCUCUUUUUAUGAUUGGGCAAUAAAACUAUGCAGCUGCUCAGUUAAAAUUAUUUGUAGUUUCCCCAGCUUCAACAGAAACCCCAAAUUUAGCUGAUCUUCCUUUGGUGUUUCCUGUUCACAGCAACCCCAGUUAAAGGGUUGAUUUUGUGACUUUUGAAAAAUGACACAGGAGUGUAUGUUUUAUGCCUAUAUCACAUUUUCUAAGAAUGGAAUGGAAUAAGGAAAGAAAGGAAACAAUCUGCUUCAAUUUUGUAUUUGACUUCACAACUUUUUCCAGAUGGUCUUGCUGAUAGACUCUCUACACCAAAAUUGCCUAGUUUAGAUUUUAAUGUGGUUUGUUUUCUUUAAGUUCUCUAAGUGAUCCUUCCAAUCACAGAACUUUACUAAAUCCUGUUUAGCCAAUCAAAACUUCCAGAAGCCCACACCACCAGUUUCCUGCCCCUACUCAAAUUUGAAGGGUUCUUAUACAGCAGGGUAGAAUUAAGUAGGCAGCCUUAAUUAAAAUUACCCUAGGCAAGAGUGAAUACAAAUAUCACAGAGACAGCAGAACCACUUCAUUGUUUUUUUUGCAUCCUCCCCACGCUUGUGUUUUGAAGAGAUGGUAAAAAGGUGAACUGCCGUCUUGGCGACCACAGUAUUGUUUUAAAUGAUGUUAUGGUACAAUAUAAGCUCUCAAGCAUUGAAUGUUGUCUUUAAACUAGAAAAAUGGAAAAUGUUGAACUAAUUUUUUUGUGUGUAGUUGAUUACUUUUCCACUGAGUGUGUGGUGAAUAUGGAUGGGGAAGGGAAGUAAGUUCUCAGAUCCAGUUGCUUCGUGGUUGAUUUGAUAAUCUAGGUUCUUUUCAAUAUUACAUAUGCUUAACCUCAGAUGAGCCAUCUCACCAUAUCAGUGUUACCUCAUCUCUGGCCUUUUCUGGGAACUGAGAUACCUCUCCUUAACCAGAAUCUUCAAAAAGGAUAGCUGCACAGUACUACUUUUAAAAUUUUGGAGAUCUCGUUUAUAGUACAGACUAGAGAGUGAGAAUCAAGUUCUAGAUACCAGUACACACACCCAGCUUGCUUCAGCUGCCCCUACGGAAACAAUAAAGGCCUUAGUUUUUUGUUCAAACCAGCUACAUCAUUAGCCAUUUUAUUUUUUGUUUUGUAAUGAGAGAAUUUAACCACCACAUGUCAAUGUCCAAUUCAUCAAGGCCUUCACACCCUUGCUGUAGGUCAUGGAAAAGGAGCUUAUUCACGUCUCCUGCCCUAGUAUUGGCACCGCUUUACCUGAGGCCAGGGUUGGCGACACAGAUGCCUUCACCCUGGUGUUACUCACAAGGGAGCGUGAUCCUGUUUCUGAUCCCAUAAGAGAUGUAAAAUUAGCAAGUGUUCUAAUAAAUUCAAAUGCUUAGGAAGAUACCUCACAUCUGAACUUUAUAGGGAUUUGGGCCAGAAGAAGUCAAUUUUGUUUUGUGUUUCUAUUCUUCUUUGCCGCUUUAAAGGUCACUGUGUUUCUGUAGUUGUUUCAGUGUCACCCUCACUGUGAUGGAGCUUCUCCGGCGUGGAUAUAGGACCGUUGUCCUUUUUUCACUAACAGUUGUCUUUGGCUCUUGUCUUUUAUGCUUACAAAAUGGUGAUGGCUUAUGGAGACUUAAUAUUCCUGUUAAAGGAAAUGAAGGUUUGUCUAUUUUUGACAAUAAAACAUCAUAUAUUUUUACUUGUCUGCUUUGUUUUUUUCUGAGUUUAUACAACGAUCGCCCUAGAAUAC